GGAGUUUCUCCUUGGGGUCUGAGCAGGAGGUACCCAAGAAUCUCAGGCCGCGCAUGAGUGGACGGUAACCCCCCAACCCCGAGCCCCAAAGAGUCUACAUGUCUAGGACCUAGACAUGUUCAGCUUUGUGGAUCCCCGGCUCCUGCUCCUUUUAGCAGUUACCGCCGUCCUCACCCACGGCCAAGAUGAAGAAGACAUUCCAGAAGGCACCUGUGUACAAAAUGGCAUAAAGUACAACAACGGAGAAGUAUGGAAACCCGAGACCUGCCAAAUCUGUGUCUGCGACAAUGGAAGCAUCCUGUGUGACGAAAUAAUCUGUGAAGACGUUUCCAACUGUCCCAACGUCGAGUACAAGGACGAUGAGUGCUGCCCCUCCUGCCUUGGUGCCGAUGCUGCUUCACCAUCCUCUCCCGGAGAAACAGGAGUCGAGGGUCCCAAAGGAGACACUGGACCCCGAGGUGAAAGGGGACUCCCAGGCCCACCUGGAAGAGAUGGCAUCCCAGGACAACCUGGUCUCCCCGGCCCCCCUGGUCCCCCUGGCCCCCCUGGCCUUGGAGGAAACUUUGCUCCCCAGAUGUCUUAUGGCUAUGAUGAGAAAUCAGGUGGUGGCUUGUCUGUACCUGGACCUAUGGGUCCCUCUGGUCCUCGUGGUCUCCCUGGUCCCCCUGGCUCACCAGGUCCCCAAGGUUUCCAAGGUCCCCCUGGCGAACCCGGCGAGCCUGGAGCUUCAGGUCCCAUGGGUCCCCGAGGUCCUGCAGGUCCCCCUGGCAAGAACGGAGAUGAUGGUGAAGCUGGCAAACCUGGUCGUCCUGGUGAACGAGGUCCUCCUGGUCCUCAGGGUGCACGAGGUCUGCCCGGAACUGCUGGUCUCCCUGGCAUGAAGGGACACCGGGGUUUCAGUGGUUUGGAUGGUGCCAAGGGAGACAGCGGUCCUGCUGGUCCUAAGGGUGAGCCUGGAAGCCCUGGUGAAAACGGAGCUCCUGGACAAAUGGGCCCUCGUGGUCUUCCUGGUGAGAGAGGCCGUCCUGGACCCCCUGGCCCAGCUGGUGCUCGUGGUAAUGAUGGUGCAACAGGUGCUGCUGGACCCCCAGGUCCCACUGGUCCUGCUGGUCCCCCUGGUUUCCCUGGCGCUGUUGGUGCUAAGGGUGAAGCUGGUCCCCAAGGAUCCCGUGGCUCUGAAGGUCCCCAGGGUGUCCGUGGAGAGCCUGGUCCCCCUGGCCCUGCUGGUGCCGCUGGCCCCUCUGGUAACCCUGGUGCUGAUGGACAACCUGGUGCCAAAGGUGCCAAUGGUGCUCCUGGAAUUGCUGGCGCUCCUGGCUUCCCCGGUGCCCGUGGUCCUUCCGGACCUCAGGGUCCCAGUGGUGCCCCUGGUCCCAAGGGUAAUAGUGGUGAACCCGGUGCUCCUGGUAACAAAGGUGACCCUGGUGCCAAAGGAGAACCUGGCCCCGUUGGUGUUCAAGGACCCCCAGGCCCUGCAGGUGAGGAAGGCAAGAGAGGAUCCCGUGGUGAACCUGGACCCACUGGUCUGCCCGGCCCAGCUGGUGAACGAGGUGGCCCUGGAAGCCGUGGUUUCCCUGGCGCUGAUGGUGUUGCUGGUCCCAAGGGUGCUCCUGGUGAACGUGGUUCUCCCGGCCCUGCUGGCCCCAAAGGAUCUCCUGGUGAAGCUGGUCGCCCCGGUGAGGCUGGUCUGCCUGGUGCCAAGGGUCUGACUGGAAGCCCUGGAAGCCCUGGUCCUGAUGGCAAAACUGGUCCUCCCGGCCCCGCUGGACAAGACGGUCGUCCCGGACCUCCAGGCCCCCCUGGUGCCCGUGGUCAAGCCGGUGUAAUGGGAUUCCCUGGACCCAAGGGUGCUGCUGGAGAACCUGGCAAGGCUGGAGAACGAGGUGUUCCUGGACCCCCUGGUGCUGUGGGUGCUGCUGGAAAAGAUGGAGAAGCUGGUGCUCAGGGUCCCCCCGGCCCUGCCGGUCCCGCUGGUGAGAGAGGUGAACAGGGUCCUGCUGGCUCCCCUGGAUUCCAGGGUCUCCCUGGCCCUGCUGGCCCCCCUGGUGAAGCAGGCAAACCUGGUGAACAGGGUGUUCCUGGAGAUGUUGGUGCCCCUGGACCCUCUGGUGCAAGAGGCGAGAGAGGUUUCCCUGGAGAACGUGGUGUCCAAGGUCCUCCUGGCCCUCAGGGUGCCCGUGGUUCUAAUGGUGCUCCUGGAAAUGAUGGUGCUAAGGGUGAUGCUGGUGCUCCUGGUGCUCCUGGUGGCCAAGGACCCCCUGGUCUGCAGGGAAUGCCCGGUGAACGUGGUGCAGCUGGCCUUCCUGGUGCCAAGGGUGACAGAGGUGAUGCUGGCCCCAAAGGUGCUGAUGGUACUCCUGGCAAAGAUGGUGUCCGUGGUCUGACUGGUCCCAUUGGUCCCCCUGGCCCUGCUGGUCCUGCUGGUGACAAGGGUGAAUCUGGUCCCAGCGGCCCCGUUGGUGCUACUGGAGCUCGUGGUGCCCCUGGAGAACGUGGUGAGCCUGGCCCCCCUGGUCCUGCUGGCUUUGCUGGUCCUCCUGGUGCUGAUGGCCAACCCGGUGCUAAAGGUGAACCCGGUGAUGCUGGUGCUAAAGGUGAUGCUGGUCCCCCUGGCCCUGCUGGCCCCACUGGUGCCCCUGGCCCUGCUGGUAAUGUUGGUGCUCCUGGACCUAAAGGUGCCCGUGGUAGUGCUGGCCCUCCUGGUGCUACAGGUUUCCCUGGUGCUGCUGGAAGAGUUGGUCCCCCCGGCCCCUCUGGUAAUACUGGACCCCCUGGACCUCCUGGCCCUGCUGGCAAAGAAGGCGGCAAAGGCCCCCGUGGUGAGACUGGCCCUAUCGGACGUCCCGGUGAAGCUGGACCUCCCGGUCCCCCUGGCCCAAGUGGAGAGAAGGGAUCUCCUGGUGCUGAUGGCCCUGCUGGUGCUCCCGGUACUCCUGGACCUCAAGGUAUUGCUGGACAGCGUGGUGUUGUGGGUCUGCCUGGACAGAGAGGAGAAAGAGGCUUCCCUGGUCUUCCUGGACCCUCUGGUGAACCCGGAAAACAAGGUCCUUCUGGAGUAAGUGGAGAACGUGGUCCCCCUGGCCCUGCUGGCCCCCCUGGAUUGGCUGGACCCCCUGGUGAAUCCGGACGUGAGGGUUCUCCUGGUGCUGAAGGUUCCCCUGGUCGCGAUGGCUCUCCAGGCCCCAAGGGUGACCGUGGUGAGACUGGCCCUGCCGGCCCCCCUGGUGCUCCUGGUGCCCCCGGUGCUCCCGGCCCUGUGGGUCCUGCUGGAAAGGCUGGAGAUCGUGGUGAGACUGGUCCCUCUGGUCCUGCUGGUCCCAUUGGUCCCACUGGUGCCCGUGGCCCUGCUGGACCCCAAGGCCCCCGAGGUGACAAGGGUGAGACAGGCGAACAGGGUGACAGAGGCUUGAAGGGUCACAGAGGCUUCUCUGGUCUCCAGGGUCCCCCUGGUCCUCCCGGUUCUCCUGGUGAGCAAGGUCCUUCUGGAGCAUCUGGUCCCGCUGGCCCCCGGGGUCCCCCUGGCUCUGCUGGUGCUGCUGGGAAAGAUGGACUCAAUGGUCUUCCUGGCCCCAUUGGCCCCCCUGGUCCCCGUGGUCGUACCGGAGAUGCUGGUCCCGCUGGUCCCCCUGGACCUCCUGGACCCCCUGGUCCUCCCGGUCCCCCCAGCGGUGGUUUCGACUUCAGCUUCCUGCCCCAGCCACCCCAGGAGAAGGCUCACGAUGGUGGCCGCUAUUACCGGGCUGAUGAUGCUAACGUCGUCCGUGACCGUGACCUCGAGGUAGACACCACCCUCAAGAGCCUGACUCAGCAGAUUGAGAACAUCCGGAGCCCCGAGGGUACUCGCAAGAACCCUGCCCGCACCUGCAGAGAUCUCAGGAUGUGCCACUCUGAGUGGAAGAGCGGAGAAUACUGGAUUGAUCCCAACCAAGGCUGCAACCUGGAUGCCAUCAAGGUCUUCUGCAACAUGGAGACUGGAGAAACCUGCGUCUACCCCACCCAACCCAGUGUGGCCCAGAAGAACUGGUACAUUAACAAGAACCCCAAGGAGAAGAAGCAUGUCUGGUUCGGCGAGAGCAUGACCGAUGGAUUCCAGUUCGAAUAUGGUGGUGAAGGCUCCGACCCCGCUGAUGUGGCUAUUCAGAUGACCUUCCUUCGCCUGAUGUCCACUGAGGCCUCCCAGAACAUCACCUAUCACUGCAAAAACAGCGUGGCCUAUAUGGACCAGCAGACUGGCAACCUCAAGAAGGCCCUGCUUCUCCAAGGCUCCAACGAAAUUGAGAUCCGGGCUGAAGGCAACAGCCGAUUCACCUAUGGAGUCACUGAGGACGGCUGCACGAGUCACACCGGAAACUGGGGCAAGACAGUCAUUGAAUACAAGACCACCAAAACCUCCCGCCUGCCCAUCAUCGAUGUGGCCCCCAUGGACGUUGGCGCUCCCAACCAGGAAUUUGGCUUCGACAUUGGUCCCGUCUGCUUCCUGUAAACUCUCCCCAUUCCCAACCGGCUCCCUCCCACCCAUCUUCCUUCCCUCUGACCCCAGAA